GCUGGAUGUUAUAUGCCAGCAGAGUCUCCGUUGCCGAUACAUUUCAAAAUCACUUUACCCCUAAGACCUAUUAUCAGCUCCAAGGCGUGGUAUUAGUCAGCAGUGAGAAGAAGAGGAAGGCGUAAAGCAAUGUGAUUCCAUGAGUCAAUCGUGCGCGUGGGGGCUGUGCAAUUUCCAAGCCUCCUUGGCCCCCAACAUUAAAGAUCCUGAGAAACUCGAGAACUCUGUAUCUCAACUAUAAAACGCCCCACUCACCCAUUCAAUUCCACUUAGACGUACAGCAUCCCGAGAUCGGGAUCGUCGAAAUGCGAUUGGUGAUUAUUGCAUUGUAUCUGGUUGCUGUAUCAGUAGCCCAACACUCUCAAAAUGCAGCAAUUCUCUCGGACAUGAGAUAUUUGUCCGGGGAUGGGACCUUUGGAGCCUCAUACAAGCAGGAAGAUGGGGUAGAGUUCAAGGAGGAGAGUGAUGCUAAUGGGGAUCGAAAAGGAUCUUAUUCUUAUGUGGAUCCUAAUGGGGUGCGAAGGACUGUCACGUAUACAGCUGGAAAAAAUGGAUUCCAGGUUCGUGAUGAACUAAAGGUCAUUGCCAUUUUUCAUACUCAUGAACUAGAAAUUCAUUCAACUUCUCCGGCAUUUCGAAUCUUUUUUGCUUCCAAGAUAUCCACUAAAACUCGCCUCAUAAAAAUGGACUUAUCCUAGUUUACUUGUGGUGAUAAGAAAUUAAAAAAUAAGGGACUUAUAUUUAUGAGGACUUUUUGAGAUUAAUCAGAAAUUACCGGUUAAUCUCAGUUGAAAGAAUGUCUAUAUUAUGACGUGGGCAUUCUGAUCUCCUAAUUAUGAAAGUAGAAACAUGAAAAUGAAGUUCACCCGAAUCGAAAUAUCUCGAAACGCGUAAGACUAAUUCCUCAUUGGUCAACUCGAACCGCCAAAUCCAAAUUCGGCGCACGGGGUGCGCAGUAGGUCUCAUGUGACAUUAUGAGGCAAGCAUUACAAAUCUUUCAUAACUUAUACAUUUUCCAUUAUUGGUCAAGAUAAAAAAGUACUGGUUUCAUAUUUUUCA